AUGGAGUACCAUAGACAUAUGGAAGCUUCUCAUCAGCAAAAUCAGCCGAGCCAGUGGAAUUAUGGCUGGGGGCCACCAGCGCCUGCGCCUCCAGCACCUACCUUAGCUCCUGCGCCGGCUCAAAGGAACAAAAGGACACACUCUGAAAGCGAAGAUGAUGCUUUUUCAGAGGAAAGCAGCAAGGACGCUACAUCCACAGGGGGUGAUUCCUGUCAGUUGAUGACACGGAAACGCAGACGAGGUGUUAUAGAAAAGAAGAGAAGAGACAGAAUAAACACUUCAUUGACAGAACUAAAGAGACUUGUGCCGGCUGCAUGUGAGAAACAGGGCUCUGCUAAACUUGAAAAGGCUGAAAUCCUACAACUGACUGUCGACCACCUGAAGAUGCUUCACGCGAAAGGUCUCGAUACUCUCGCCUAUGAUCCUCAGAGGUACGCCAUGGAUUACCACAGUAUUGGAUUCAGAGAAUGUGCAGCCGAAGUAGCUAGGUAUCUGGUUAGUUGUGAGGGCCUGGACAUCCAGGAUCCAUUACGCCUUCGACUCAUGAGCCACCUACAAUGCUUUGCUGCUCAGAGAGAGUUAGCAGCCAAGUCUGCCAAUUGGGGUUACCCACAAUACCCCCCGGUACAACAUAGCGGGUUCGGCCAGGAGCCUUCAACAUCCACAGCGUCCAUCGCUCCCACAGCAGUAGCGGCUCCUUUAUCAGCGGCUCCAUCCUACCCUCAUUAUCCUCCUGUUCCACCAGCCCCACCGGGGCCACCAGCGCCUCCGGGUCCCCACCCGGCUCCAACAGCACCGCAUUACCCCGCUCCGUACCCUCAUCAUCCGCCACAUCACCAAUAUUCACAGAACAGCUCAAAGCCGUAUAGGCCGUGGGGGGCCGAAUUAGCAUAUUAG